AUGCAGCACCCCAAACCCUUCUACCCUUCCACCGCUUCCCAGGAAGGCCUCAGUGCUCAGGGCCUGGAGAGCACUGAGGGGCCCACCCCUGCCGGUCCUGAGCCUCUCCCUGCUGUGGCCUCCUCGAACCGGCCAUGUCAGCCCCCAAACCCGGAGAAGGAGGUGUUUCCCGCCCCUCCAGCAGGCUUCCAGAUGGCACCGUGUGGCUGCUUCUUCGACCCCCGCAUCUACAGAAUCGAGUGGGCUACACCUGACUUUGGCCAGGCACCUCUGUACCGGCUGGCAGUAGCUGGGGGCCCUGCCUCACCAGGCGGCUACGUGUUAGAGACCCAGCCCUACCUCAAGGCACCAGGGCCACCCCUGCCAGACCCCCACUACCAGCCAGCGCCCGGGGGCCCGCAGUACGUCAUGCCCUACUUCCCGCCCGAGGGGCCUGGGCCAGGGCCCCUGGGCUUCAGGGGGGACGGGGGCCCCCCUGGCUUCGUGGAGAUGCUCAAGGACAGCCUGAUGCCCCCACCCGCUCCCAAGGACAGUAAGCCAGCCCUGCCACUGAUCACCUAUGGCCACCUCAAGGGUCGCAUCCACCAGUCCCAAGGGCCCCAGGUGGCUGCAUGGCCUGUGGAGCCCCUGGCAUUCCCCGCCAAGGAACUGCAGGGUGGAGGCAGGGCGGGGCCCAGUCUGCAGUACCCUCUGGGGCCCAGUGAGCCCAAGGUGGCAGAGGCGGAGGAGGCCAACCCUUUGGGGACCGGCGAGGCCAAGGGCCCCGAGGCAGCGCGGGCCUUUGUCCUGCCUGACAAGGUCUUGUUGGAGGACGCCAUGAGGCUCUUCGACUGUUUGCCAGGCGGUACCGAGCCCCAGGCUGCCCUGCCUGAUGCCCUGCCUGAUAGCAGCGGCGGCGGGGACGACUCCACCAGCAACAUCCGCACCCUGCACCUGCCAGAUGAGCUGCUCUCCUUUGACUACAGUGUGCCCGAGAUCCUGGACACGGUGUCCAAUGUGGACUACUUUUUCAACUUCAAGGCCCUGGACGAGGAGCCCCGGCCCUGUCCGGGGCCCUCUGCCAUGGACGUAGUGGCCCCUGUCCUGCGGUCCAGCACACUGGGAAAGAAAAAAGCCACCUCAUCUGCCAAGAAGGGGAAGCCGGGCGGCAAGGCCAAGCAGGCUGCAGGCCUGGCCAGUGCUGCCCACGGGCCCGGCCGGCCCCGGGAGCUGUCUCCACAUUAA